AUGGCCCGGGACGGUCCCCAACCAACGGCCAAGACCCUCAAGGUCCCCGAAGUCCUGCCGAACCCGAAGCCGAGGUGCACUUGUCCGAAGCCGAAGACCUUGAGCCCUUCUCCGGUCAAUGAAAGGGCCCAAAGGUUCCAGGACCAGGAAAACCGGGUCCUCUUUUCUAAAUCCCUGACUCCUGAAGAAGAAGCAGCCUCAGAGCGCCCGGAAUUGAAGAAACACGCCAGCGAAGACGUUCGGCCGGUCAAGAAGGAACGGGGAAGGUUGGUCAAGGAAAAGGCUAUCGUUGGAUCGAUAAAAAAACCCGAAAGAGAGGUCACUAGUCCUGAUGAACGCAAGGCUCAAAGGUCCAGGUGGGCCGGAAUGACCCACUUCUCGCUUCAGCCGGAAAAGAAAGAAAUCAAGUACGGAGAUCCUAAAAGCAAGAGCCUAAAGGAAAAGCAGAGGUACAGUGUCAGGAGAAGCUUGUCCCCCGAACCGGACCCGCGAGCUAUCGUCAGGGUCAACAGCAGGAUUGUCAAGCGGCUGAUUUCACCGGAAAUCACGAUUACUGACGCAAAGUGGGCGCCGUAUGAGGGGUACUCUCCUUUACCAUGCGUCGGGAUUAAAACUCGCGAGCCCAAAAGGAUCAGCGAGAUAAAAUGGACGCCCUACGACGGGUCUGCUUCGGAAUUGAGCAUCCUGGAGGUUCCUGAAGAAACUGAGGCGAAUGAUGAGUACCAUAUCACACCGACUUGCCACCCACCGCCGAGAGCUACUGAGCUGAAGGAGGAAGAAACCGACGAGGAGCGAGAGCGCUGGAGGUUUUUGAACCAGAUCUCUCCCUUUCCGAUCUAUCAAGGCGCGUGGAAAGACGAGUCGCCUGAGCAGUCUCCCCAGAGGGUGAUCACUCCUGAGGACCUGGAACCUCCGAUUUGGAAGCCCAUGGAACCUAGUCCUGUGAGGGCGCGCACUCCGUCGCCGGUUUAUCAAGAACCUGUCAAGCCUGUUAAGCCUUCGAAGGAGUCCAAGCGGAAGAAAUUCAGGGGCAAGGCGGAGAGCGUCCAGUCGAGGAAGGAAAGCCUCCUGGUGCCGCCUACGGUCAUCGUCAGGGCGGCCAGUGAGGAAACUAAGCGGCAAAGGCCAGCUUUGACCAGGUCGAAUGCUUUUCUGGAGCUGCCACGUGGGAAAGGAUUAGAUCCUACCAAGCGGUCGCUCAGUGAGGAAGUUCCCAGGUCUAGGGCUCGGGAGGCUCAUCGUGGACCCAGCAGGGCCAAGAGUGAGGAAGCUUCUAGGAAUCCGUGGGGUGAUGAGGGGGAAGUUCGCCAGUAUGUGACGACUGUUUAG